AAUCGUGUUGAACAGUUUGUUUUAAUCAGGAUAAUCGGAAUCCUUCCCUUCUUUGCUAAAAAGAGGAAAUACUAAAAGAGAAAGUUACAACAGUAAUGGAGAUUAUUUUGUCAGUCUCUGUAUAAAGUUUCUGCGGACGUUUUUUAGAGCCUGGUCCCAUCUUACUUGCAGACAAGAUACCAGAAUACCCAUAUAUCUUCUAGCCCUAAUUUGCCCAUAGGCUUGAUUAAUUCUUUUAAACAAGGAAAUUCCCCAUUACCAAAAGAACCUUGUUUCUCCAUGGGACCAAAACUUUUCCUUUUAUAUAUUCUCCCUAGGAUUCACUGGACUCCACCUUCAUAUGAUUCUGCACUUUCAUCAACUUUCUUUUGUUGAAUUCUGAUAGAACCUUAGAUUAGAGGAAUUUCACUUAGAAGAAUUCCAGCCAAUAGAGGAAUAGGCCUCUAAUAAAUACAGCAGAAAGAAAAGGGUAUCUUAGUAAUGCAAAUGGCAAACCUCUAACUGCCUAUUUAAGGCUCUUAAUGAAACAAUAAUAUAUGUGGGUUGCCAAUUGAGGGAAAAAUCUAAAAGAAUUAAAAAUGCCUACACUCUUCUUGAACUAGUAUUUAUAAUACCCAUGAGGACAUCAAGGGUACCCCAAAUCAGUCUCUGCCUCUCUCUGCAUUGUGUACUUUGUCUCUGAGAAAGAAAAAAAUAAAACAAAGAAAGCUAUGAUCUUCCCAACCCACCUUUUAUCUUUGGCUUUCUGAAUUGAAAGAGUGAGACACAGAGAGGGAGAGAUGAGGGGUAGAUCCUCACAGCAAGAAGGCAAAGAAGGGAUGGAAAUUUACAGCAAACUUAGGAAUAGUAAGCUCAAAGAUGAGCCUCAUCUCUCUGGUGCUUAUAUCCGUAGCCUUGUGAAACAACUGACCUCAUCAAGAACCAAAGAACCCAUUAGCCCUAAAGAUCCUGAUUGUGUUGAUGCUGGUGAUCAUGGUGUGUCUGCCCAAAAUUUAACCAAGUUUGGUGAUGGAUUUAGUGAAACCCCAAAAAACCAGCAACCCCAACAGCCGCAACAACAUAAAAAACAAGUUAGGAGGAGGCUCCAUACCAGUCGGCCUUACCAAGAAAGGCUUCUAAACAUGGCUGAGGCUAGGAGAGAAAUUGUCACUGCACUCAAGUUUCAUAGAGCUGCUAUGAAACAGGCCAAUGAGCAACAACAAAAACAACUAUCACAACUAUCACCCCAAAUAUGUUUUGAACAGGAAGGCAAGAUAAAAUCUAGGAGAAAUCCGAGAAUAUACCGAUCAGACACUUCCAAUUUCUCUAAUUAUUUAGACAAUCUUUCAUAUUCUUCUUUCUCCAAUUGCCCUCCCUCUCCUCCUAAUCCUUAUUCUUGGCCUGUUUCUCAAGUUCCUUCUCAGCCUUUUACCGAAACCCUCAAUUUUCCUCUUCCAAAUCAAACCUUAGGCCUAAACCUCAACCUUCAUGAUUUCAACAACUUAGAUACUUCUCUUUACCACAGUAGCAACAACCCAUCAAUCUACUCUUCCUCAUCUCCAUCAUCAUCUUCCCCACCUACUCUUCCAUUCGCUACUGAAGAACUUCCUUUGGUUGCAAUUUCACAUGACGCUGGGGGGCCAUCUUCCGUUUCUGAUGUCUUCGAAUCCGGUAGCACUGGAAACGGCCUACAUCCAGCUAUGGACGAUGAGAGAAUGGCAGAGAUCAGAUCAAUAGGAGAGCAACAUCAGAUUGAAUGGAGUGAUACUAUGAAUUUGAUGACUUCAGCUUGGUGGUUUAAGUUCUUGAAGAGCAUGGAAGUUGGACAUGAAGAAAUGAAAACAGAGGAUGAUGGUUUUCAUCCGUUCGAUGAAGUCAUGGAAUUUCCAUCCUGGUUGAAUGCAAAUGAGAACUGCUUGCAGCAACGUCUCAGUGACAACUACACAGAUGAGUAUCUCCAAGAUCCUGCCUUGCCCUGCAUGGACAUUGGAGAAUUUGAAGGAAUAGACAGCGAGUGGCUAGCUUGACAAGGAUUGAUUAUUUUUUGUCAAUAAAAUCCUGGUCUCUCUUCUUUCUGUCCUUUUUUUUCUUUAAAUCAAGGGUAGUCUUUUAGAAAUUUUGUCCAAAUAAGGCUUGCCAAGAUGUUAAAAUGGCAAUCCAUUGAAGAAAAUAAUGUGAGAGAGGAGCAUGCUUUUUCUUACUCAUCAAUAUAUAAUAUAUAUUUAAGCAGCUCUCAUAAUUGUGGAACCAGUAUCAUCUGGGUCUGUAAUCUCUUUGUAAUGUGAAAUAAUUGUGCAUUUUUCUCCUCGCAUAGUGACAUUCAGCACAUUUUAAUCAUCUAUUAAAGGACAUUUGACGUUACCAUG